UCCAAUUUCUUUCUCAUUUCGCUACCCCCAAACCGUAUCAAUUAAGCAAAAACGCUCCCUAUAUAUAGAUUUGUACGUUUCUGACCUAGAGAUCUCUGAAACAAACCACCGAAAAAAAUGGCUAAUUCCUCUCCAGCAAUUCUCCCAAUUUCCAAUCCCCAAACCACAACCGACGUUACAACCACCACCACUCAACAAUCCGCCGUCCGUUCGCUGUUUUCGCAAAUCUCGGGCACCGUUCGCUCGGGUCUCUCCAAUAGCCGCCCUUGGCCGGAGCUCGUAGACCGAUCUGCUUUCUCGAAGCCUGAGUCGAUCUCCGAAGCCACCCUUCGGAUCCGCAAGAACUACGCGUAUUUCCGGAUUAAUUACAUCUCGAUCAUCACUGUUGUGCUCGCGAUCUCGUUGUUAACUAAUCCUCUUUCCCUCUUCCUCCUCGCUGGCCUUCUCGCCGCCUGGUUUUUCCUCUACAUUUUCCGAUCUGCCUCUGAUCCGCCGCUCAUAAUCUUGGGACGCCAAUUUUCCGACCGUGAGACUCUUGUCGGCUUGAUCGCCUCCACCGUUGUCGUGAUCUUUCUUACAAGCGUGGGUUCCGUUCUUGUUUCUGCUCUCAUGGUUGGUGUCGCCAUUGUUUGCUUGCACGGUGCCUUUAGGGCUCCUGAGGAUCUUUUCCUUGACGAGCAGGAGCCGCAGGCCGGUGUUCCUGGCUUCCUUUCUUACUUCACCGGUGCUGCCCCUGCCGCACCACCUGUGCCUGCCAGGAUCUGAGGAUGGAUCAAAUGAAACAAUGGCGGUAAUGAUAUUAAUUCAUAAUUUUCUUUAGGUAAAAGAAGAAAUAAUAAUUGGAAAGGAAGGAUCAGAAUGAAGGUUUAUUCCAAUAUCUGCUACUAUUGUUACUGGAUCUGUAAAAUUCGUAUUUUUUUUUUAAAUUUUAUUUUUAAAUUGUGCUUUUCGUAGGUGGAAAAGCAUUGAACAUCCUUUUUUUUUUCCCUGCAAGAAACCCCUGGAUACAGUGUGUAUGUUCAAUUGAAUUAAUUUUGAUAUGAAGUUCUGAUUUUGUCAUCA